UUUAUUUCAAGACUCAUUUAUCGCUCGAAGGCCGCAACACGACUUCAUUCACCAGCUUCGUUACCAGAUCUGGGAAAGAAAAAAAAACACCCGUAUGCCAGUCUGCGAAUGACUUUUAGUCAAUUGAUCGAUUCAUUUCUUUAGCUCAAUUCAAUAAUAAGGUAUAUUGUGUUACAUUCCAAGUUAGCUGACGACAUCUGGAAUUUGUGGAAACUACUUGUUCUUGCAGAUGUCCAACUGUCCUAUUACAUUGGCGAGAAAAACAAGUUGCAAGGAUGUCUGAAAAUGCACAAACGUCUCCAGUAUUCCAUGAAAAUCCCAAAAAUCAAAUUGCGAAAGAAGGACAAAAUGUUAAAUUUGACUGUACCGUAUUAGGCUACCCAAAUUUUCGAUCAACUUGGGAUAAGAACGGAGUUGUGGCCAUUCCAUCGAAUAAAAUAAAUAUAAUAGAGCGGACAAAUCAAGCUAGCUUGGAAAUCAAGUCAGUUACCAGAGAAGACGCCGGAAUAUAUCGGAUAACAGUUCAGAAUCGUAUGGGACGUUCUGAAGCAUCCGCAUGGCUAGAAAUAAUCGACAACUUGUCUAACGCGAAAGAUUCCCAAACUGGGAUCAACAGACAGCAUUUAACAGUUCAAAGGAAAUUUAUGGGCCAUAAAGUACGCAUCGGAGAUAAACUGUUGCUCUGUGGCCAAUAUCGGAGUCAAACAAUACCAGCCGUAUGUCUGUACCAUAACAAUUCGGAGAUCGUGAACUCGGAUCGCGUUCAUAUUUACAAGAGCAAACAGUGCAUCUUAGUUUUAUUGGACACUGUCGCUCUUAGCGAUUCGGGAGAAUAUCGUUGUUUGAUAAACUGUGAUAAUGACCACGUAAUUACCUUGUCUACAAACGUUUUGGUAACUUCCGUGGCAGAAUCCUGCGAAGAGGAUGUCCCAAGGAUAGUAUCUCCCCUUGGUCAGAACAUCAAAAUACUGGAAGGAUGCCCGAUUUAUCUAAAAAUCAAAAUAAAAUGUAACGCACCCUAUGUUUAUGUGUGGAUGUUAAAUGAACAAAUUCUGUACGACUGUGAUGAAUACAGGUACACAGAUCACGGGAAUGGAAUAAUUUCACUUUUGAUCAGUGAUCCAUUCAUAAACGAUUCAGGCAUCUAUACGUGUAUAGUCAGCUCAGCUAACGGACAAUGCAGCUCGAGUUGUACAGUCAAGGUGUACGAAGCCGACCCGACGACAGCCUGGACGAUUCCUGAAAUCAUCAUGAAUCCUCGAUCCGUAGUAACCGUUGAUGGUUCGUCUGUUUCACUCCGAGCCCUUGUAAAACCGGCAAACUGUCCAGUCCAAUGGUUCAUCCAGGGAGAGCGUGUAGAUUCCAAUAUGGACAAUUAUACCGUAGUAAAGUAUUCAAAUGGUGAACAAUUAUUGAACAUCGAAAAAAUUACUAGCAAGCUUAGUGGAGUGGUUUCGUGUUUUGCACAUCUGCCGGAUGCCCCAUCUAUAACGGCCUAUAAUUCUCUACUACUGAAUGUCAUUCCAAGUAUCGAACAAGCACUUACAUACGCUUUACCAAGUGUUUACCCAAGGUUCAUAAGCUAUAAAACAAAACAUCUAGCGCUGAGAGGAAAUGAUUUAACUAUGGAAGUAUUCUACGAAGGAUAUCCAGAGCCACAUGUUUCCUGGAUGAGAGCGGGACGCCCGCUCCAGGACAGAAAUGUAACUUCAACCAAAAAACCUGGAUAUUCAGCGCUUCAUAUUAAAAAUAUUUGUACAAAUCAGGGUGGCAAAUAUAGCACGGCAAUCACAAAUACCUUUGGAUCCGAUAUUAUUGCCACCUUCGUACAGGUUGAAAGCCUUCCAGAGCCACUGAAUUCAAAACCAAAAGUAGUUGUUGAUAGCGACUGCGCCACAAUUACAUGGAAUGAAUCUUUAUUUGACGAAGAUUCAGCGGAUGCAAGCUAUAUACUGGAAAUGCAAUGCGAUAAUCAUGAAUGGAUACUUGCUGCUAUUGUUCACAAUGCAUUAUCGUACACAAUUUUUAACCUGGAAACGGGCAAACAAUACAGGUUCAGAGUGAAAACGAAAACCAGUCAAGGAUGCAGUGAACCAUCGAUGCCAAGCGAUCAAGUGUGUUGUACCCUUUUACAGACAUCGAAAACGAGUAAUCAUAAAAGUGAUGUGCAUCACGGCGAUGAUUUCAAGGACCGUUACGAGAUUCAAGAAGAGCUAGGAAGAGGCAGAUUCGGAACAGUUUAUCGAGUGGUUAAUAAGAGAACUCGGGAUAUUUUAGCGGCCAAAAUAAUAAAAUGUAUAAAAUCGACCGAUAAACAAAAAAUACGAAAUGAAAUCUCCAUCAUGAACUAUUUGAAGCAUCCAAAGCUGUUAACACUGUUUGAAAGUUUCGAAUCUGCUCGUGAAUUGAUAAUGGUAACUGAAUUUAUCAGCGGCGGCGAAUUAUUUGAGCGAGUUGUGGCAGAUGAUUUUACAUUGACAGAAAAAGAUUGUGUGAUCUUUUUGCGACAGAUCUGCGAAGGAGUACGCUAUAUGCAUCAUUCAACGGUGGUACAUCUUGAUCUGAAGCCGGAAAAUAUCAUGUGCUACACAAGAAACAGUCAUCAGAUCAAAAUAAUUGAUUUCGGACUUGCCCAGCGUCUGAUUCGGGGCACGUCUGUUCGUGUGCUUCUUGGGACGCCGGAGUUCGUUCCACCGGAAAUCAUCAACUACGAACCGAUCGGAUUGCAGUCGGACAUGUGGAGCGUCGGUGUUAUCUGUUACGUGUUGCUGUCGGGCCUGUCACCUUUCAUGGGCGAAACUGAUGUCGAUACUUUCACCAACAUAACGCGAGCCGAAUAUGAUUUUGACGAUGACGCGUUUGAUACGGUUUCGGAAGAAGCUAAAGAUUUCAUAGCCGGACUGCUUUUAUACCGAAAGGAAGACCGACUUACUGCUGCACAGUGCCUUCAAACGAAAUGGUUAGCAUUAGAUAGCGAAAUUUUAGUUAAGUCAAAAAUAUGCACGCACAAAUUGAAAAAAUUCAUCAUCAGAAGGAAAUGGCAGAAAACUGGAAAUGCCAUUCGAGCACUUGGACGAAUGGCCCUACUAUCAGCUUCACGGAGAAAUUCUUCCAUUUCCUCAAACAGCAAAACAAAAUAAGUUCACUCAAUAAGAUAUAUGAAAUUAAAAAAGAGUUCAAAAAUACAUACUGUUUACAUGUUAAUGGCAAAACUGAUUGUUUUAAGUGAGAGAAUUGAACCAUUGCAGUUAAAAAACAUACCCAAACAAAAAGUUCAGUUCUAGAGUGUUAAUUUAACAGUCC